GUUUAUGUUUAUAGUGCACUUCAGCAACCAACUCGGUUACAAAGAAGUUGCGUUAAAAGUGUGGCGUUACAUAUUUAAACUAUUCGCAGUACCCGUCGUGCAAUAAGUGUUACAUUUUAGUGUUACGGCUCAUACUUUUACAAAACGAGCCGUCCACAAACACACCGCAAGGCUUGAAGUAAAGCAGUCCGAGUUAGCUGUGGCCGCUCGUUCUGAUGUCUUGUACGCUGGUUAGCGCCAAUGGAGCCCGGGUCUCCCUCGAGGAUGGGCGGGCUGUGAUUCUGGGCCGAGGUCCGGACACCGGAGUCGCAGAUAAGAAAUGCUCCCGGCACCAGGUGAAGGUGGUGGCUUGUUAUGCAGACCAGGAUGCGGUUGUUACUCAGCUGGGCCCAAAUCCCAGUUUCCUGGACAGUGAGCAGCUUGUUCGAGGCCAGUCUGGUAAACUCAGCCAUGGAGGAACCCUCUACCUGGUUAACCAGAACCACCCGUUUAAACUGCAGUACUCCCUGAGCUCAAACGGAGUGGCCUCCGGCACUGUGCGGGCAGGACUUAAAGCAACAGAUAAGACGAAGGGAGGACCGAAUGGAAAAGAAAAGGAGGCACAGUCGAGUCCAAAUCCCAAGCGCAGUAUCAAGGAUUUCUUUCCUACCUCUCCCAUGAAGCGACCGAAAAGACAGCUGAGCCCAGACAAGGGGCACCCUGCGGUGAAGCGUCAAAGAAGAAAUGAGGAGGCCUCAGAUAGACAGAUGAAAGAUGAAGAAGAAGAGGAGGACGAGGAGAGACUGGCAGAGGAGAAGCUCAAGCAGCUGCAGGAGUUGGCGGAGAAGUCUACGACAGAGAGGAGUAGCAGUGCCCAGGCUUCAUCAUCUUCAUCGUCCUCAAAGGGCUGUCUAAAGAGCAACUGGCAGCAGAUAGGCAACCUGAUGCUUUACACUGCUGCUGGUGUCAAAGGGAGUGACAAGAUUGCUGGGUUUGACAUAGAUGGCUGUAUCAUCACCACCAAGUCUGGCAAAGUCUUUCCCACUGCACCGGAUGACUGGAAGAUUCUAUACCCUGAGAUUCAGCCAAGACUGGCCAACUUGCUCAGAAAAGGAUAUAAGGUGGUGUUCUUCACCAACCAGAUGGGGAUCGCUAGAGGCAAACUGAGACCAGAGGUGUUCAAGUCCAAGGUGGAGGACAUCCUUACUAAGCUGCAGCUCCCUGUGCAGGUGUUCGUAGCAGCCGGUCCUGGUAUCUACAGGAAACCAGUGAUGGGAAUGUGGAAUCACUUGUGUGAGAAGGCAAAUGAUGGUGUGACUGUCGACCAGACGCAGAGUUUUUAUGUCGGAGAUGCUGCAGGUAGGCCAGAGAACUGGGCUCCAGGGAAGAAGAAGAAGGAUUUCUCCAGCAGUGACCGACUGUUUGCCCUGAACAUUGGGUUGGAGUUCCACACACCAGAGGAGUACUUCCUGGGCUGGAAACGCGCCCCCUAUAAUCUGCCCAAUUUUGACCCUAGGAAGAUUGACAGCACUGCAAAGCUUUACGACCCGCCGUCUGCGUCCCUCACCUCUAGCCAGACAGAAGUGAUUGUUGCUGUGGGCUUCCCUGCAUCGGGAAAAUCCACCUUCUUCCAUACCCACAUCAUACCAAAAGGCUAUGCGUAUGUCAACAGGGACACACUCGGCUCAUGGCAGAACUGUGUGUCAGCAUGUGAACGUGCUUUGAAAGAGGGUCACAGCGUCGCCAUAGACAACACCAACCCGGACCCAGAAUCUCGUAAACGCUAUGUGGACGUGGCCAAGGCCGCCGGAGUGCCCUGUCGCUGUUUCCAGUUCUCUGCCUCUCUGGAGCAAGCCAAACACAACAACAGAUUCCGUGAGAUGACUCCAUCAAACAGCAAACACGCCAAGGUCAAUGACAUGGUGUUCCACAGCUACAAGAAACACUUUGUGCCUCCUGCUCUGUCUGAGGGAUUCUCCGAGAUCCUCCAGAUCCACUUUGUCCCGGAUUUCAAAGACAGCCAAGCAGAGACCCUGUUCCGUCAGUUUUCUGAAGGCUGAUUGGACUGCUGGUUCUCUCACACCUUUGACUUUCACGUUCACACAGAAGGAAGAGAUACAGAUGGUCGCCGUGGAAGCAGCUGAGGUGUGAGAUCCAACCAGCAAGCAACAGUUAUAGAAAAACACUCAGUUAGUCAGGAAGACACAAACUAUUUCAACUGAUGGACUAAUUGGUGUAUGAGCUUCCCACUGUCAUCUGCGCAGUGUUGAAAUGUUCUAAUUCUGCAUGGAUAAUGGCCUCCAACCGCAAAGUAAGAUUGAUUAUGUUUACUCCGAGCCUGUGUUUGAUCAAACAAUUCAGUGAACGAAGAGAGAUAUGUGGCUCGGGAACUGAUUAUGCGUGUGUUUAGAAAGAAUACAGUGCAAGCACAAGAAUAAUUACUUUUUUUAUGUUGUGUAAGAUUUUGUUAACUAAACAUCUUCCUCUACAAGUGAGUUUACUGCACCACAGCUAUACAAAAAAACAGUAGUAUUCUGUCUGACGAUAAAGUUAUGUAAAACUC